UUGUAUAACAGGCCUUAUGGAAUAUCCACUUGUGUUUGUGCACGCACUAUACAUACAGUGCAGUACAGUAUAGACACUGUAGUCCUGGAUGGCUUGCCCCCACUCUUGCCUACAGGGCUACCCCACCUCCGCUUGCUCUCUUGUUUCGCCAUGGUCUACUUCGCUUGUGAACUUGAAAGAACUCACAACACCAAAUCACCCAAAACAGCAAAACUCCCAAUCGACGCGAGCCUUGGUAUUAUUCUUCGCAUUCCCUUUCAACUCUUCAUCCUGGUGCUUGCAAAUCUUCAUAUUGUUCUUCUACACGCUCCACGCCACUUACGUUUCACGGCUGCCUAUCAAAUUCUUUGUAUCUUCAGCAUCCAGGUUGACACAUGCGUUGGCAUAAGAGACCGACCAUGGACAGCCCCAACUGUCGUCUUCUGUGUGGUGAUAGGCUUGACGAAUUGCCAAAUAGAUACAACUCUCAGCCUUCAUUACGAUUGGAAAAUGACCAACAUCUUCCGGGACCCUCCAGCUCCCACCGACACUGACAACCAGGCCCGACGAAUCCAUGGGCUUCAUCAAAAUUGUCACCUGUCACCCCCUCCCCCUGCGCGUCAACGCAAGUAUUCCACCAGCCCCAGCGGCUUCGUCUCCAUCGGUACACCAAGUGUGAGCCCUUAUUCUAGCCCUACCUUGAACACUCAUGGAGGGGGAGGUGAUGAGUACUUUGUUUCUUCAGAAGAGCCGGGCGUGUCUAUUGAGCUACAGCCAGUGACUGCUGAGGAUGCCGAACCCUUAGCUAUACUUUUUGAGCGCUGCUUUGCGACCGAUGUCCUCAAUCUUGUUGCCAAGCCGCCUCACCGCAUCGACCCUUCGCACCCUCUUGAGGAGCGUGAAUGGCGCAUCUUGCAGUAUCAGCUGGCAUCACAAGUUCCCACUAGCCACCUCGUGAAGGCCAUAGAUGUAAAGAAUGGUGGGAAAAUCAUCGGAGCAGCUGGGUUCUUUGGACCGGGUGGGAUUCAGUGGUCUAUGAAGGGUAGUGAUGGUAAGGGCGGGAACAUCGAUAUUCCUAGUCAUUGGGAUCGCAAUUUCAGGGCUUUCUUUGACAAGUGUCAGGAAGAGGCGAGGGAGAGUGUGCUACGGGGUAAUCAUCAUGUUUGGGAACUUGUGCAGUUGUAUGUUGACCCGGUCUAUCAACGUAAAGGAGUCGGUCGAAUGUUGGUCGAUUGGGGCUUGAAGCAAUCAGAUGAAGAUCACUGUCCUACUUAUGUCGAAGCAUCGCCUGAUUCGAAGCCUUUCUACGAAAAAAAAGGCUUUCGAGUCAGGGCUGAAGCCAUUAUCCCAGGCGUAGCGCCUGAAAACGCUGAGCCUUACAAGUUGUAUUAUAUGUUGAGAAGUGCUGGUGGAGUCUAG